AUGGGCUUGAAAGUGGAGAGGGUGAGUCGUUUCAUAAUCUUGGGCAUGGCAUGCAUUGAUGGGGGUGUGUCUGGUGAUGAAGAUGGGGAAACAGCGAACGAGGGAAGUUCAGUCACUCUGAACUCUGGUCUUACUGAAUUGAGCAAAGAUGAUGUGAUUCAAUGGGGCUUUGGAAAAGAAAGCACUUUAAUAGCUGAAAUCAAUAAACAGGCCGACAGAAUCACAUAUUACGAUGUUUUUGGUGGGAGAUUCACAGACAGACUGAAGCUGGAUGAACAAACAGGAUCUCUGACCAUCACAAACAUCACAAAUGAACAGACCGGAUAUUAUAAGAGAAUAAUCAAAGGUGUGAGUAAGAGAUUACUCCUCAUUGUCCACGCUGGUGACAUAUCAGUGAAGGAGGGAGCUUCAGUCACUCUGAACACUAAUAUUGCUGAAUCUGGGGAGGGUGACUUUACUGAGUGGCUUUUUAUAGCUAAAAACAAAACAGUUGCAAUUGCCUAUAGUACGUCUGGUUUCGUUAUAUUUUAUAAAAGUGCUGUUCAGGGAAUAUUCAGAAACAAACUAAAGAUGGACAAACAGACUGGAUCUCUGACCAUCACAAACGUCACACAUGAACAAACUGGAAAGUAUGUAUUCAUGACAUCAAAUGAGGGUGUGCACAGGUCUUUCAAUCUUACAGUUUCCGGGCUCAACAAUAAGUACUGCCCGAUGGCCUGGGACCAGCAUGGAGACCCUCGGGCCAGCUGACAGAACUGUCACUUGCCCAAUUGGGCCAGUGCUGUAUCGUCAGGGAAGUUAAUCAUUUGCAUGUUUUAAAGCCUUGCCUAUUUAAAUAUUCUCAAGAUGAAGCAAAUGAGAGCUCGAUUCUGUUCUCAAAACUCAUAACGGCCAAGGAGACUAGACACCGGAUAUGAUUGGCUGAGGUGCCUCUCGUGAUCCAUGUUAGC